CAACGAGCAAGAGGAGGGGUUUUGGAAUUAUUUCAGAGUUCAGAAGGUGCGUAGCGUACUGUACAUCCACCCUCGACGCACGUUCUAAAAAUCACCACCCUCAUUUCUUUUUCCCCGGCAUAAGACUGGGUCCUCUGCAGCCGGCCGGCCGGUCUACGCAUCCGCACAUCGGUUCCGGUCACAAUCGAAUCAGGUGACUUUCAGAUUGUUUUAUUCUCAAUUACACGCGAAGAGAUUGAAUUGAGCGCGGCUGGGGAUUGAGUUGGAUGAUAAUCAGAGAUGCCUCCGAAGCAGCAAGCUAAAGCCGAUGUAGCGAAGAAGCAGAAGGUUGUUGAAGACAAGACCUUUGGUCUUAAGAAUAAAAACAAGUCCAAAACCGUCCAGAAAUACGUCCAGGCCCUCAAGCAGAACGUGCAGCCUAAGACUGACCCCAAAAAGGUCGAUGCCAAGAAAAAGAAAGAAGACGAAAAGGCUAGAGAGAAGGAGCUCAAUGACUUGUUUAAGGUUGCUGUUAGUCAGCCUAAAGUUCCACCUGGAGUGGAUCCAAAAUCAAUAUUGUGUGAGUUCUUCAAAGCCGGACAAUGCACCAAGGGUUUCAAGUGCAAGUUCUCACAUGAUUUGAAUAUUCAGAGAAAAGGAGAGAAGAUCGACAUCUACAGUGAUAAACGUGAUAAUGAAACAAUGGAGGAUUGGGACCAAGAAACUUUGGAGAAGGUCGUGGCAUCAAAAAGUGAGGAAUAUAACAAGAACAAACCAACUGAUAUUGUUUGUAAAUAUUUUUUGGAUGCUGUGGAGAAAAAACAAUAUGGAUGGUUUUGGGCUUGUCCAAAUGGUGUUAACUGCCACUAUAGACACGCUCUUCCUCCUGGGUACGUUCUGAAGUCGCAGAUGAAGGCUCUAUUAGAAGAAGAAAAAGAAAAAGUGUCCAUUGAGGAAGAGAUUGAAGAUAAGCGUGCUAAAUUGACUGCAUCAACUCCUAUGACCCCUGAGCUAUUUAUGGAGUGGAAGAGGAAGAAGUGGGAAGAAAGAGAUGCUAAGAUGGCCUUGCAAAUAGCAGAGAGAGCCAAGAACGAUCGCAUGAGUGGACGCGAGCUGUUUAUGUCAGAUGCAAGUUGCUUUGUGGAUGAUGUUGGAGCAUAUGAUAAAUAUGAUCGGGAAGCAGAGUCUGCUGCGACUACUGAACAGAAGGUUGACAAUAAUGAUCCAAAGGAUGAGGCAGGCUGCUCAACCUCAGCCCCAUGCACAGGAAAUGCCCAAGAUGUUUUUGAUGAGGACGAUGAUGAUUUAGAUUAUGAUGAGUUGAAUGAGCUGGAGGCCAGCCUUGCAAAAACAACACUACAAAUCAACGAGCCUGGUGGCAGCGCAUGAGACAUGAAAUAAAAUUGAUAAAAUCUCUUUUUUUGUUAGAUUAAUAUCAGGGUUCUGAUCUCGAGAAAUAUAUAUUUUGGUACUUGGUAUUCUCCUUUAUAUUCACACUUGCGUUCCAAAAUGACAUAAAUGGAUUUGAGCAUCUAUGGGAAAUUUGUACUAUAGCCUCCUGGGUGCAAUCCCAAUGGAGUCCAUCUAGGGAUGGACUCGGGCCGGGUCCGGGUCGGGCCUAGGCCCGGGCGGGCCGGCGGUUCAGAAAUGGUGGACCCGGGACCGGCCCGGGUAACCACCGGGUCCGGACCGGGCCGGGCCGGGCCCAUUAUCAUUUUUUUCCUCUUCCUAAUUAACCCCCCUCCCAACCCCAACCCCCAAACCACCCCAAAUGGCCCAAAAUACCCAGCCCAACCCGAAAAUUUAAAAAAAUUGAAAAAAAAGGUUUUGGCCCGAACCGGGCCCGGGCCUGGCCGGGUCGGGCCUUGUUUUGGGUGACCCGAGUCCGAACCGGAAAACCCACGGGCCGGGCCUACCUGGACUGGUCACUGACCGGGCCACCGGGUCGGGCCGGGUCCGAACAGUACCGGUCCCGGGCCGGUUCCGGGUCGGGCCACCCGGCCCGAGUCCAUCCC